AUGAUCUCUCGCCUCAUUGCCUCACCCACCCUCUAUCUCCCCCACCGACGGUCCUACCAAUGCAUCUGCCAACUCGCAGCACCGACUCCAACUCUCCGCCUCGCCGGCGCGCGACUCUUCUCCACCACAAGAUCCCACUCCGAUGACUUCAUCAACCACUAUGAAGUGCUCAAACUACCCCAAAACUGUUCGCAGGCCGAGCUAAAGAAAAACACCCCUUUCCCCAACCCAGACAAUUCUACACCCUCUCCCGCCAGACCCACCCAGACGUCAACAGAAGCGACCCCGACGCCUCCGCCCACUUCGCCCAGAUCUCCGAAUCCUACUCCAUCCUCGCCGACCCGGGCCGACGGAAACGCUACGACCGCGACGUCUUGCGCCGGCCUCAGCAAGAGGAGGGGCACAUUCAGAGGCCCACCGCCCAGUUUCUACGCGCACGGGGGCAAGGACACAACCUCCUCCUCUUCCUCUUCCUCGUCUGCACACUUCAGCGCGGCAGAAAACACCCCUCCAAAUUUCAACCCGCACCCCGUCCACUCCACCCAGACACACGAAGAUGUGCGCCGCCAAUCGCGCCGCGAAGCCGCCAUGGCGGCGGCCCAGAGGGAGAUGGAGGACGACGCCGGGUUCUGGGUCCGGUUCGUGAUCGUGACGGGGCUCUUGAUCGGCGGGGUGAGCGUUGCGGGGGUGUUUUUGGGGGUCGGCGGGUUCGUCCGUGGGGAAGGGGGGGUUGACGAGGGGGGAUGGAAGUCGGCGUGA